ACGUGCACCUGCAAACUCGCGCCUUUACGAUUCCAUCAUUCCUUGUUACUCUGCUGCCCUUAUCCCACCUCCUCCGACCAUUCAUCUCCAUCAUGAGUACCAUCCGAGAUCUCUCAAAAUUCAUACGUCAUGGGAAACAAGCCCGCUUGGUGACUCCCCAUGCUGAACCCUCCACCAACGACUCCGCCAUCCACGCUGGAAAACAGCAUCGACCUCAAGAAUCAUACCCGUCCACUGCGGGGAACCUGAAUGCCAUUGAUGCCCAGAUUAACGCUGCGCCGGCUCAGCCUCCGGCCAAGUCACCUGAGGGUCAGUCCCAGGGAGCCCGCGAGCUCGAGAUCGAGCAAAUUGUUGCCGAAGAAAAGAGUGCACGCUCGAAGAUGCCCGAAUAUCCCGGCCUAGAACGCUGGAUUUUGCUGGACAAGAUGGGCGAUGGCGCCUUCAGCAACGUCUACCGGGCCAAGGACACCACCGGCAAGUAUGACGAGGUCGCUAUUAAGGUCGUUCAAAAAUUCGAUAGUAAUCAGACCUCAGCCGUCAUGUUAUCCUGCAGGUCGCUAAGGCGAUCGAGUAUCUCCACGAGACUUCUGGUGUUAUCCAUAGGGACAUUAAACCUGAGAAUUUACUCUUCUAUCCAAUCCCUCUUGUUCCCAGCGAGUCCCCCAAACCACGUCAGCCGGGUGAUGAAGACAAGCUUGAUGAAGGCAAAUUUAUCCCGGGAAAAGGCGCUGGUGGUAUUGGAGUGAUCAAGAUUGCUGAUUUCAGUCUGUCUAAGACUAUCUGGGAUAAUCAAACUAUGACCCCCGGCGGAACAGUCGGCUACACAGCUCAUGAGAUUAAUAGAGACAAGCGUUACUCUAAGAGUAUUGACAUGUGGGCGUUAGGCUGUAUUCCCUAUACUUUUCUCUGCGGCUUCCCGCCCUUCUAUA